CUGACACGUUUCUCCCCUCGCUUCCCCCCCCCCCCAACUUGGGCGGGUAAAAGCAAAGAGUGCGGCGUCCCGAGGGAAAAACAAACAGAGGACCGGGUGAGGAGAGUUGGAGGAGCUCCGGGAACAGGGACAAGACGCCUCUGUGCUCUCCGAGGACUAAGCAGUCAGAAGGGGAAACCCCGGAACGAAUCUCUGAGGAUGGCAGCAGAAGCCAAUCACGUCCAACCGACGCUUGAAUUGGCAGAGGAGACUCAUGGCAAAGGGGAUGAUCAUUCCAGUAUAUCUCUAGAAUAUAUAGGAAAAAGUACAGAUAUUAAGGCUUACAUGCUAAAGAAAUUGAAGAAAAAUUGCAGCUGUAGCCCCGCUAAAGCCAAAGAUCUUCUUUUCAGUUUUCUCCCAGUACUGACGUGGCUCCCCAAGUACAAACUGAAAGAGUAUUUCUUGGGUGACCUUAUGUCUGGCAUAAUUGUAGGAAUUUUGCUAGUUCCACAGUCCAUUGCUUAUUCCCUCUUGGCUGGCCAAGAACCUAUCUAUGGCCUGUAUACAUCAUUUUUUGCAAGCAUCAUUUAUUUUCUGUUUGGAACUUCCCAUCAUAUCUCGGUGGGCAUUUUUGGUGUACUCUGCUUGAUGGUGGGAGAAGUGGUAGACCGUGAAUUGCAGAUGGCUGGGUAUGAUUCAAUAUCGGUUGCUUCUAGCAAUUAUCAUUCUGAUAUGAAUGACCUCAUAAAUGACACAUUGGUGUCUUGGACUGCCAAUCAGACUUCACAGAAAGUAUGUGAUAGGAGUUGCUAUGCAAUUACUGUUGGAGCAACUGUGACUUUCGUAGCUGGGAUUUAUCAGGUUGCUAUGGGCCUCUUCCAGGUGGGCUUUAUCUCCGUGUUCCUCUCUGAUUCCUUGCUCAGCGGAUUUGUUACUGGUGCAUCCUUAACCAUCCUUACCUCCCAAGCCAAAUACCUCUUGGGUCUAAACCUUCCACGGAGCAGUGGCAUUGGCUCUCUCUUAAAUACAUGGAUAAACAUAUUCAGAAACAUCCAUAGGACCAACACAUGUGACCUCAUCACCAGCUGCUUGUGCCUUCUUGUUCUUAUUCCAGCAAAAGAAUUAAAUGAGCGGUUCAAAUCAAAACUUAAGGCUCCCUUGCCCACUGAGCUUUUAGUGAUCAUAGUAGCCACAUUGGCAUCUCAUUUUGGGAAGCUGAAAGAGAAAUAUGAUUCCAGUGUGGCUGGGCAUAUACCAACUGGAUUUCUACCACCACAAUCACCAGAUUGGAGUCUAAUUCCUAGCGUGGCUAUGGAUGCAGUGCCCAUAGCCAUUAUUGGCUUUGCCAUUACUGUAUCUCUUUCAGAGAUGUUUGCCAAGAAACACGGCUAUACCGUUAAACCCAACCAGGAAAUGUACGCCAUUGGUUUCUGCAACAUCAUCCCGGCUUUCUUUCAUUGUUUCACAACCAGCGCGGCCCUUGCCAAGACUCUAGUUAAAGAUGCAACUGGCUGCAAGACUCAGAUCUCUGGUGUGGUGACUGGCUUGGUCAUUUUGUUAGUUCUCCUUGUGAUUGCUCCCCUCUUCUAUUCACUCCAGAAGUGUGUGCUAGCGGUCAUAAUCAUUAUCAACCUCAAAGCAGCCUUGCGAAAAUUUAUUGACCUGCCAAAAAUGUGGCAGUUAAGCAAAAUUGACACACUGAUCUGGUUUGUCACUAUGUUAUCGUCAGCACUGAUAAGCACUGAACUUGGCCUUCUUAUUGGGGUCUGUUUUUCAAUGAUUUGUGUUAUUCUACGGACACAAAAUCCAGAAGGACAGCUACUUGGUCUGGUACCAGACUCUGAAAUCUAUGAACCUCUCCCUGCCUACAGUGGCCUUCAAGUUGAGGCAGGCAUCAGAAUUUUUCGCUUUGAAGCACCAAUAUACUAUGCAAACAAAGAGAACUUUAAGUCCAUGCUGUACAAGAAGGCUGGAGUCAAUCCCUCAUUGGAACUGGCAGCAAAGAGAAAACUAGAAAAGCAAAAACACACUGAAAAAUCAGAUGGUGCCAAUAGGAAACAGGCAGAAACUUUGGUGCAGCUUGUCUCUCAGCAGUUCACAUUCCAUACACUAGUAAUAGACUGUUGUGCAGUGCAGUUCUUGGAUACAGCAGGGAUUCAUACACUCAAGGAGGUUCAAAGGGAUUUUGGGGAAAUUGGCAUCCAAGUGCUGCUGGCUCAGUGUAAUCUCUCUGUGAGGGACUCCUUGCAGCGAGGGGAGUAUAUUAAAAAAGGAGAGAAGCAUUUUCUCUUCCACAGUGUGCACCAAGCUGUGGAAUAUGCAUUAUGUACUUAUAAGCAUAACGGCAACCGUUCCUCUGAAAUCUAAUGUAAGUAAAAGCUUCCUGUUUAAUGAGACUAAUGAUGCUGGGCAUUAUAUAUACUGUGUAUCUCACAAAAUUAUAAAGGGCUUUUUUUUUCACCUGUUGAUAAUACAAGAUUAUAAACAAAUUCAUUUUGUACCUUUCAUUAUGCACUGCUGAAUGGUGCACUGAAAAAGUAGUGAUGAAUCCUAUGCCUGAAGUGGUGUGGAUAACUACACUCGUAAGUUGUGCUUGGCCAGAAGAACAAACACUCAAAAGUUUAAUGGGCAUCACAAAGUGGACCCAUCUGGUUUGGAUGCCUUUAGAGCCAAAAGUGUUCUUCCCACACUGCUGGGCAGGUAGUGUCACCACUGUUCAGGGUAUUCCUUUUGUGAAAGGAAAAAAUCCUGCUUCUUUAUGUUUGUACCCUCCCCUUCUUGCAACUCCAUUGGUACCUCUCAAAAAUGGUUCUGAAUUAUGUAUGUAUGAAUUAUGGUAUACUAUUUGGGGAGGAAAGAUCUCAGAAAAAUGGAAAUCCAUCUGAUUUGGGCAUUUGUCCCACUUUAGAAACCUCGCCCCACAUUACUGAAUGUAGAAUAAACUGUACGUCAAAUUAGGUGGCCAUGGGAAUAGAAUAAGAAAGGGAAGCUGUUCCUGUCAAAAUUUCCAUUUGCUUUAGAGUGAAGACCAUGUUUUAUUCAACUGCCAAUUUCAGUUAAGUUUUUUUCAUAAUUCAAGACAGCAAUUUAUGUUGUGAUUUUUCUUAUGUUAAGAAAUGACUGCAAAUAUCUGCAUACCUGAAUUCUGCAAUGAACCUGAGUUUUGAAAAAUAUUUCAUUAGCUGUGUUUAAACCAAUUGUAUGCCUCAUUUGGGUUCUAAAGGCCAUAUCAUUGAGCAUUACAUAUUUUAGAAUGUUAGGUGAAACACACUGUAUGAAGCACCUAUAAAUAGUUCUUAAGUUAUAGCCAUAUUGUGCAGUAGAUACUUAGUCUGUUUAGACUUUAUUUAGGAAAUAGAAACACUAACUCUUCUUUUAGCAAAACUAACGGAUGAUGGCCAAGGUAGCUAGAACAUGUUAGCUCUUUGUCUGUCUGUCUGUCCGCCCAUCAAAACAAUUAGUUACUACUAUUAAAUAAGGGAUCUAGUGAAUAAUCAUUUUUACUGGUAGACUAUAGACUUUCAUUAUACUUUUCUUUUUGUGUGUCCCCCCAAAACUUUGCAGAAAUAAGACAUGUACAUUGUUUUGAAAUUCUCAGGAUAGAUAUAUGAAAUAUUAACUGAAAAUGAAAUGAAACAUUAUUGACACAUCUUAAAGAUUCCUUUCCAUUAUUUGUUACAGUGAUAGGUCUGUCAUAAAGGGUAUUGAGGGUAUUUGAGAAUGAAAAUAAAUUUCAUUUUCAUUAGCUAUAAAGAAACGUUGUGAUUUCUGCAUUGCUGUUCUUGGCACAAAAGAAAAGGACUGUAACCAUUAUUAAAGAAGAAUUCUUUUAUAGUCUCUUCUGGAAAAAUGGAGAUCUGUCAUAGAUAACGGCAAAGGUAAAAUGUUUAUUAGGUUACAGAGUUUAUUGCCAAAGUAUGAUAUAAUAUUCUAAUUCUAAUAUUUGCUGCAUAUUAGAAUUGAAUGUAGGAGUUAAGAUCCACAAAAUAUAUAGAAAUUUGAAAUUAAGAAAUCUAAAUGAAAAAUUUUAAACUUAUUUCAUUGACCUAGAAACUUCCCCUUUUUCUGAGUUAUUUGAAAAAAAAUAUUAGCUGACUUGAACAGAAGACAUGGGUAUUCAUAAGAUUAAUAGCAGUCAGAAUUUCUUCUACACAAACAUUUCCAAAAAGGGUCAGAAGGAUCUUCAUCAAUAAAACAUGAAGGCAUUAUUAUUGUCUUCUGCGUUCAUUGGCAUCCUGAAGGUUUUAUGAAACCAUAGCAAUUAAUAGCUCUUGAUGCAGGAUUCCUUUCCUGUGUGACUUUGGGUAACCCAGAGAUAAAUGGCCAAGUGCCUGGCAGUGCCACAGCAUCUGGGCUGGGCUCUGUUCCCCACUUGGAUUUUUUAAAAAAAUCUCAAAUAAGUAAAUGGGUUGUCUCUAGAGUAAGGGAAGGUAAAAUACUAUAAUUUGUUUGUAAAUAAAUGCUUUGUAACUGGCUGUGGCCAUAUUAACAGCAAUUUUGUGAGAGCACCCAUGACUUUAUCUCAAAAUUCCAAACAUGCCCAACAGCCGAAAAGGGUUAUUUAAUCAAAUGUCUAAAAGCCACCUAAACUAUGGAAACUAUAGUGUCUUGCUAAGAGAAGUUCUGUUUGCAAAUAUGUUUUCAUUUGUUUAUUGCCAGCAGUUGCAACUGUUAAUAUUAAAUCCUAAUGUUGUGAAUUAAGGGAGACAAAGAUAUGCCUCUUGCUUUUACAUGCAGCUUGUAAUUUAUGGCUGAAUCUCUAGGUGGCACAAUUUACUAGAGAAGUAUCUGCUUGACUUUUUUUAAAAGACUAAGAAUUGGCCAUGUCUAACUUCAAAAGAUAUAGUAAAUUGCAGUGGGGUUGAAUGCAUUUAUUUGUUUACAUUUUCUGGGACGUAAUAGCAUCUUUUCACUGCCAUUCCUGCAUAAUAGAUUAUAAUUUUAGGAAGAGGCUUCUUGGCUUUUAAAAAAAUACCGUAAAAUUACUUUCAUUGUUUAAAAAUAUUUGAUUUUGUGAAGUAUUAAAAAACAUCAUAGCGAAGUCUUAUUAAGGCAACAAUGUACAUUCUCAUCUCAUAACUACUAAAAUACAAUGCACAACUGGAAAUCACACUGCAGUAAACAUAUUGAAAUUGGUAGAUCGGAGGCCUUUUCAAAUAAAAGGCCCACAAAUCUUCCAAUUUUGGUAUGAUAUCUAGUUUACUGGACUGGUUUGAAAAUUAUGUGGUUUUCAUUGUGACCAUUCCCUCCUCUAUUGCUGUUUCAACUGUUUUUGUGUAGUUUUCAUUUAGCUUGUUAAGGAACUGCAGAUAUAUUAUGUCAGAAUUACAGGUCUUCCUCCGUUUGAAUCUGUAUUAUAAAAGAAUCAUAGUUAAGUAGUUUCUACUGCUUUCAGUUAUAUUACAUUCUGAUGGAGGAUUUUUGUUUCACUUGAGGUGAUUACCUUUUUCCUUAGAAAUAUUUUGUCCUUGAAUGAAUGCAUUCUUGGGAGACAGCAGGCUGUGUUUCUGUAGAUAUUUUCAAAGAAAAUAGGUAUAUUUGUCAACCAGUCAUUUCUGAAAGAAUCAUAGUGUAAAUCCAUUCAAUGUUGCAUCCAGAGAAGGGAAAUUGCUACUACUGUAGGAGUCUACCAGUACCAGUGAUUUUCCAAAAAUAAGUAUGGAAAAUAGUCUUAAGGAGUAAAGCUAUUUUCCAUGAAGUCUAGAUUUAAGAACAGAAAAAUUCAACAGACAAUUAAUAGGUUCACACAUUUCACAAAGGCAUGUUACAGUAUUUUCUGCCUUAAUAUUUAAUAUUAACAGCUACUUUGUAAACUAGGAUUAAGCAAAAAGCAUGGCUUAGUGUAAAUGCCAACCUGGCCUAAAUAAAAUUAAUCUGAUUGGAGAAAUGUUAUUUUUUAAUGAGAAAUACUUUUUUCUCCUGCUUGAAUCUUUUAAGAUAAAAUGCAAGUUAAUUUUACAGAGAAUUUUUCUAUUUGCUAAUCCAUCAGACUUCAGUUAUUUCUAUCCUAGAGAUGCUGCUGAUAGCUGUUUCUGUUGCUUCUAGAAUAUCUAAUACACUAUAAAUGUUGGCAUUCAGUAAUGGAAUAUAUUUUAAAAUGAUACUUUUUAUUAGUGUCAUACUACUAAUUUUAAUUUGGAUUUUACAAGAUUCUAACCAUAAACCUUGUAAGUAUUCCUACUUGAAUAUUUUCCAUUAAUUGCUUUGCCACUGUCUUACUUAGCCCUAAGUAAUUUUAAUAUUUGCUUUUUCACAAAACAUAAAGAUGUGGCCUAGACCAAAAGAGACAUGAAAUGACUUGCAAUGAAUAUAGCCAUUAUUUUUUUAUCUAUCUGCUUUGCUAAUUUAUUUUUUCAGUGACUGUUGCGUUUGCAAAAGUAUUUUCAAAAACUGCUACAAUUUUUCCCCACAAGGCAUGCUCCAUAUCUUUAUUAUCAUGCACAGCAAGAUGCCUUUUGCAGAAAAAUUUCACUUAUUAUCCUAAUAGUACCAUAUUCAUGUGUGCCUUUCUUUUAUCAUCUGCCAUCACAGAUUUAUUUAAUAGCCUCCUUGCCCUGAGGGGAGAAGAGCAAGGUUAACUCUGGGGAAUGAUGAAUUCAAUGGAUACAGUUGAAAUGGUUCAAAUGCCACAAUAGAGCUACUUGUUUCCAAACCACCUUUUCGCUGGACAGAGUCCAUCAGAUAAUUGGUAAAAGAUAACGGCAUGAGAGAGAGAGAGAGAGAGAGAGAGAGAGAGAGAGAGAGAGAGUUGAUUCUCUGACUACAUUGGGAAUCUCAUUGCUACAAAUGAAGUUGCUUGAUUUUUUUAAGCAAUUCUAUGUAUUCCAGAUAUUGCCAUUAUACAUUAUUCUAGGUGAUAAUCAUUAUUAUUUGAACAGCUGUGUGCUGUAUUAGAAACAUCAAUCCAACACUGGAAGCAGUUCACAGAAACUAAAUGUUUAAUUGCAGUUCUUUGGAUUGCUGUUUCUAUUAGCCAUUGUACAUUGGUAUGUUCUUUUUAAAUGAGAUAGUUCAUUAGAAGUUCUGUUGUAAUGCAGUUGUGCAGAAUUAAAAAUAGGGAAUUUUUUUUUUUUUUACUUUAUACCAUUGAUUUUUUUUAAGGGGUAGAUCUCCAGAUAUCUACAAUCCAUGUCUUCUUUUUUGCCAGAUGUUUUUGUUACAGAUUAGGAUAGUAACAUUUUCACGGACUGCACUUAAUAUUUGGGUUGGGGUAAAGGAAAGGCCACAGGGCCAGGAUUAUUGGGCAAAUGAAAGGCUGUUUCAUAUAGAUUAGCAGGGCUAAAUUUUUCUGUCUUGGUUUUAUAAGGAAUAUGCUGUAUGUUUGCUUUUUAUAACUUCUAAAUCUACCUCGAAGACUUACAGUGCAAUGUUUCUCAGCUAUUAAUUUUCAGCAAUCACAUUGUGUAAUUGAAAAAUGGCUUUGGGAGCCCUCUCCUAUUUUGGGGGAAUUUCAAAUAUCCUAGGAGGUCAUCUUUAAUAUGGUAAGAUGUGGUAAUAAGGUAAAAUCCUCAUCAAAAUUUGUAAUAGUUGAGAAUGCUGAGAAUUACAUCUAAUGUUAUUUACAGGUUGCUGGUUUGCAAAAUGUUAAACCAAUUAAUAUUUCAAAUUAAAAUUCUAAAUUAUUUAGGGUGAAACUAAUCAUUAAAGAGUCAUGGAGCAGUUGUCCUUUUAUGUUCUUUUCCUCUUUUGUCCAGUAAAAUGCAAUAUAUGGCAAUGUAUAGUAUGUUCUUCUGCCUCCUUUUUUAUGGAUAAAAAUGCAUGAUGUGAAUAGUCUGAUAAUAACAUAGGAGUACUUCUCUGUUUCUUGUAAAGUUGGCAUUUGUCUAAUUUUGGGUGCUUUGCAGUCAAAAUUAUAUUGGCCAUAUGUUUUGGAUUGGGUUUCUAAUAUGUCUUUUUUAUGGAUCUUGUUCUAAGGUAAUCCGAAUGAAAAUCUAAUUUUAACAUAAUAUAUGGCCAACUAUUUUAAACAUAAAGGGAAGAACACAUACUCUUUUACAAAAGCAUAAAUCAAGUUUUUACCGAAGUGAUGAAAUGGAACACUAAUCCUGGAACCUCGAACUCAGCAAAAUAUAUAAAUUAGGUAGAUAAGCAAAUGCAUAUUGAGGGACAAGGGUUUCUGAAGUUUCAUCAGACUUUAAUUGUAGGAAUUAGAUAUUUAGAAACAAAAAUAAAUAGCAAUUUGCUGGAUGCUGGAUUCCCUUCAGAUUGCAUUCGUCUUUCAGGUUUUACUAAAAGUAUCAUGAUCCUUAGGAUGCUAUGAGUUACUUAGCUCUAUCCAGUGUGAUACAACUGAAAAUAAAAGAGUUGUUUAAACAUUGUUUAUAGCAGAAGUCCCCAACCGCCGGUCCAGAGAUUGGAACCAGUCUGCGGUGCACCAGAAAUUGGCCCACACAAACAAGUGAAGCCCCAUCUGCAUGUGCGCGGGAUUCAGGCAGCAUGGCCCCUCUAGUCUGCAGAAAAACUUAUCUCCAUGGAACCUAUCGCUGGUACCCAAAAGGUUGGGGGGGGGGGUUAGGGUUAGGGAUUUCUAUUUACAUCUUAUCUGGAGCUUCUCAUAAAAAAUGACUUUUUCACUGAGCUAACCACCCAUACAACACAGAUGCAUAGACCUCCAAAAAUGAUUACCAAAUUGUAUUUUUUAAUUUGACAGAAGAGGAAAAUUGUUAAACACGUGUGGAACAAAACACAUGUGCUUAUGUAGAUGAAAUUAACACAUAAAAUGUAUUAUGUGCUCUGGCCUCAAAUACGUUUUGGAAUGGACCACAAAAGUUACAUAUUGCUGCUAAAUAAUCACUUAAAAUCUUUUAAACGUUUUCAUUAUGUUAAUUUUGUAAAAGUUUCAAAAUAUUUGUAAAAGGGCUAAAAUAUAAUAAAAUAUUAUUAAGACCAUCAGAUGGACUAUAUAAAUUAUACCAAUCAGAUCUUUUGGGCUUUUCCUAAACAAAAUGUCAAGUGCAUAUAAUAAGUGGCUUCUUUGGAGAUUGCUUUGCUCAGGAAAAAGUCAUCCCUGUUCCAUAUCCCUGCAGAACAACAUUAGGAAUUGAGAUUAAAUAAUGAACACACUGAUAUUUUAAUUUCAUUCCUAUAAGAGAUUAAUUACAUGUCUAGCAUCUAUGCUAUAAUUUUUUUCUGCUUAUUUCAUUUACAAGGGUUUUUACAACUUGGAAUCUAAAUAAAGCUUCAGGGAUUUCACUUAAGAGCCCUGAAAAUUAGUAUCUCAUUACUCAAGCACUUUCAUUAGCUUUGCCAUUUAUAUGUCAUAGGACAGCUUGAAUGAAGAACAUAGAACAUGUCUAGGAAAGAGUGGUUAAUUUUCCAGGCUAUUUUGAAAUUGUGCCUUUAAAAAACCAGAAAAAUAGUUGUGCACUAUUUAAAUGCUCUCAAAUUAAUAUUGAUUUAAUGAAGGAAAAGGGCUGCUCUUUGUACAACAUCAGAACUACAGGAUUUUUCUGUGAAUGGAAAAUUUCUAAUUGUCUUUAUAUGCAAAAAUAAUGUUGUUAUGGAGAAAUAUUAUUGUACAUUGUAGAUGCUUAUCGUUGGGCAAUCUUGUUAAUUAUUGCUUGAAAAUGAAAUAAAACAAAAUUGGAUUAGUGGGGUAUUGACCAAUAUGCAAAUCAGCAAAUAUGGCCACAGUUCAAUUAUUUGUUUUUUGUGAAAAUUGUGCAAUAUCCAAAGACAUGGGUAGAUGACAUAAAUGAAAAGUUUAUGGCAAAACAAAUAAAACCACGGGAUUUGGGAGUAAUGAACUCAUAUUUUCUUAUUUGUACUUUCAGAGGCAAGAGUGCUUAAAUUUAAGAAGAGUGCUUAAAUUCUUGGCUAGUAAUAUGAGGAGAUAGGGAAUUAAAUCUUUAUGUCUCAUGCCAAUUUUUUAAAAAAGCUAAUGAGUUAUUACAAAGGAAGAAAAUUAUACUCUCACCCAUAAUUGGUGAGAAGGCUAAGAAAAAUAACAGAAAUCAUAAUAAGAUGUAACUUCAUUUGCUUUACAAAAAUUAUAAGAAAUCCAUUGCAUUAUGGAUAAAAUGUUUAAUUACUUUGCCACCUACAUGAUUGUACAAAUACAAUUCUCAAUUAGCUAUUUUUAAAACUCUGUUAAUUAUGUAGAAAAUAUAGAAGAAUUAAGGUACAGCAUAUGAAAAGAAGGCAUAAUAUUUUUUGCAUACAAAAUUAUAACUGGAAAUAUGCAUUACAUUCUUUUAUUUCAACUUUUUAUUGUCAUAUGUAAAGCAGGAGAAUAGUAUAGUUUUCUUCCUUGUCUAACUUUACAUUACAAUAAGGUUUCAUUGCAUCUGCUCAUCUACUAAGGGAAAGUGCACUUUGCAGUAUCUGAAUAUAAUUUCCUAAAUGAAGAGCAAGUUACAGUAAAAGGUAUUUGUAAAUAAGUAGAAAUGCAAAUAGGAAGAGGUUUUGUCUUCUGCCUUCUGUGCAAUGGUAAAUGUCUAAACUGCCCACAUAUUUUUUUUUAAUUGACAAAAUUGUUGGACAACUCUAGAAAUAAAGAUGAUUAAGGAUGCCCAUGAAUUGUAGUGGUUAAAAUGUUAACAAGUCUCAAGGACUGCUGCUUUGAAUUUCUCACUCAACCAAUGAGCUUUCUGUUGAAUUGGCGGUGAUUGCCUGAGUCACCCAGUUGGCUUGGUGCCUAAGGUGGGACUAGAACUAGAACUCACAGUCUCCUGGUUUCUAGGUACAUCAAACAGGCUCUCACAAUUAAGAUUAGCAGCGUUUAAAACUCCAGCUGCAACUGAGCAUGCACUAGCCUCUAUUUUGUACAUGUUGGCCUCGCUUUAAUUGAAUUUUGAGUCACGUUAAAUCUGACUUUGUAUCAACUUAAAAUUUGCACUAAAUUUGCAUUAUUCAAACACUAAUCACAAUCUAACCUGUAUAAUAUUGGGUUUUAAUACGUUAUUUAGAUACUAUCAAUUCAAAACACUGGCAUUUUUAAAGCAAAGAUUUUGUUAAAUUUUGUCCAAUUGCAUAUUAUGUCUUUUUUGUAUAGCAAAGAUACAAAGUGUAAAAGUUAACUACCAAAGAAAUGACAAGCAACCGUUGCUUUGUACGCUGCUAUUUGCCAUUUGAAAAUGAAACUUAGUAUCUUUUGCGAGUUUCAAAUGUCUCAGAAAAUGUUGAAUCUGUUUUCAUAAGAUUGUUUUAUAAAAAUAUUUACCAAUAAAAAUAUUUUAUAUUAC